GGUGCUGCAGAAAGAGAGGAAACAGCCUGAGUGUCCCCUGUUGCCCGGCCUGGGGGCAGAGGUGGGCACCGCCACAGCCCUGCCCCGUGGGGACAGCCAGAGAGGCAGGGCAGGUGAUGGCACAGGAGCCACUGGGCCAGAUGAGAAGAAGGGAUUUGGUGGUCUUCCCUUCUUCCUCCUCCUCAACGCCGUCACCGCCUGCCCCGCGCCUGCUGCUGAGCACCUGCAGCUCACCCAGCAGCAGGCAGAUCUUCAGGGGUCGCCACCCCAGCGCCAGGGCCAGGGCUCGGGAGGCAAGGCUGAUGACCAAGCUAUUGCUGAAGAGGAGGAGGUCCCUCUCCUUCGUCUUCUGGCCCAGGGUCACCCACACACGCUGGCGGAGUGGUGCCUCAGGGGACGCCAAGGUGGACAUAUGCUGCUGCAGCAGCUCUGGGCGGCUCGAUGGCCGUGUCGGCCUCUCAUGGCCAACUGGAGAGGAGUUGGUCUUUGCCGGCUGCUGUGUGGAGCAGGCCGGCGCCUGAAGGUCAGGGAGGGGGGAGACUCCGAGAAGCAGAGCAGAGCAGAAGAGCGCAGGCCAGGGGGCUGCCGCCGCAUCCUGCCCGCUUGUGUUCUCUGUGGGAGCCAGCUGCUGCAAAGAGUGUGGGAAGCUGACUUGGAGGCCUGUCAGCUGUUGAUCCGAGGGUUUCAACUGAAAGAAACCAGUUGCUGUGGUUUUGAGGAAGAGGAGAACCAAAUGGAUGAGUUGGAGAUGGCUGCUGAUGGCCCAUCUGAUUCUGAAAAAAGAAAAGAAGGUCACUUUCCAAAGGGCACAGAGUGGGACACUGUUCCCUGUGCCAAACACAGGGAACUGAAAGAGAUUGUGGAAGAUAUUUCGUGUGGCGCAGAAGGUCAUUUAUCUGAGGAGUUCUUCAUAUUUUCUGCAGAGUUGGGAGAAAAAUGUGAAGCAAUAAGUGAGAAAUUGGUGCGUCUGGAAGAUCAAUUGCAAAAUUCCGCCUGCAGAGUUGAUGAAGGAGUUAUUCAGUCUUUGCAGAGGGAGAUCCAGGUGGUGAAGGAGACACUCCAGACCGUGCUGCUGCAACUUCAGCCAGCCAGGGAGGCAGGAGAAGAAAAGGCUGGAGACUUCCUCUGUGACAGCUGGUGUCCAGGAAAACAAGACUUGAAGGAAUAAUGAGCAGAAAGAGCUGGUAGGAUAACAUUAAUUCGCAAAGGGCUGCUUUUAGUAACUGAAUACUGUUUUACCAAGCCUCAGGGAUCUCUUCUCUCCCUGCAUAACUAAUAACUAAAUCAAUUAUGGAGAAACAGAGCCUGGAGGUCUAUCAUCAGAAGUACUCUACACAGCCUCACAUGUUUUGGCACAGAUUGGGAAACAGCUUUCAGAGCAGAGCAGCCCCUGUAAAUGUGUAGAUUACAAAUUGAUACAUUUCAAGUGAGUCUGCAAAGUUGCCUUUUAAUGUCAAUGAAAUGUUCCUCUUGAAGACUUGUAAACAGUAUCUGUCUUCCUUACUCAUGGAUUUUUUUUUUUCCUGAUUUAAAAAUGUAGUGUUAAAGCCAAAACAUCUAGUAUUUCUUGGAAAAUAGCUGUAAGAACUUUUUUUUUCCCUUUUGACUUUAACAGCUUUCUUACAUUGAAUGUAUUUUCACAUUCCUGCCAAUAGUUAAAUCAAUAGAAGGAAAUUCAAGCUAAAAAAGUUCUCUAAACUGAAAUUAGGACUCUGUGAUGGUGGGUACUGUGGAGGUAACUAACAGCAGCCCCUAUAGCAGUAGUUUAUCUCUCUUCGUUUAGAUAUGAGUAUAAACUUGCUUUAGUAUUACAGGAGUUGUAAGGC